AUGCAAAAUCGAUGUGUCGUGGUGUUGUGCAAUUUGAAACCGGUGAAGAUGCGCGGCAUCGAAUCUCAGGCAAUGGUCCUGUGUGGUUCCACUCCUGAAAAAGUCGAAUUUCUUGAUCCACCGCUCAAUUGUGUUCCAGGUGAUCGCGUAUCUUGUCCGGGAUAUGCAGGUAUUCCGGAUACUUUGCUUAAUCCUAAGAAGAAGGUCUGGGAAACGGUUCAAUCUGACCUUUUGGUGAAUGCUGAAGGAUUCGCUUCGUACAAGGGCAUCUUACUGGAAGUGAGCGACAAAGGAAAAUUGACAACAAGAACUCUCCGAAACGUUAUGAUCAAGUGA